CUUGCCUGAACAGCAAAUCAACUCACUACUCCUGACACCAUGAGUUACUACGGCAAGUACUAUGGAGGCCUGGGCUAUGGCUGUGGAGGCUUCGGUGGCCUGGGCUAUGGCUGUGGCUGUGGAUGUGGCAGCUUCCGCAGACUGGGCUAUGGCUAUGGCUGUGGCUAUGGGGGCUACGGAUAUGGCUCUGGCUUCGGAGACUACGGAUAUGGCUCUGGCUUUGGAGGCUACAGAUAUGGAUGCUGCCGUCCAUCAUGCUAUGGAGGAUACGGAUUCUCUGGCUCUUACUAAAUGACUUGCUGAAAUUGGAAGCAGAGGAGAAACGUCCAAAUGUGUUUGGUCCUAGCCUGUGCUUUCAUUCCAGAAACAUCUAUUCUAUUGUCUUCAGCAUCAGUGGACAGAUAUUUAUCAAUGGUUAAGCUGCUUCUAUAAAUAUUUGUUGUCUUUUUACUUUUGGAAUCUGUCGUUUGAGAGCAUAUUCAUGUAUAACCACUCUAAUUUGUUCUUCUCAAUUUGCUUUAUUUUUCUUACCAUUGCCACGAUGUUAUUUUUCUAUCAAGAUCCUAGCAAA